GAGGUGCAAAAGCACUCUGUGCACACGCUUGUGUUCAGAUCUUUGAAGAGAACCCAUGACAUGUUUGUAGCUGAUAAUGCCAAGCCUAUCCCAUUAGAUGAAGAAAGUCACAAAGUAAAGAUGGCAGUCAAGCUGCGUACGGAGUAUGGCUCCGUGUUACAUAUGCCUACUCUGAAAGAAAACUUGAGAGAGAAAGGAGGUCCAAACACCGGGGAUCCUUAUGGACACAAACAGUAUUCUGGAAAUCAAGGACAAGAACUUGAGUAUAUGAUAACUGGUACACAUCCAUACCCGCCUGGUCCUGGUGUGGCUCUCACAGCAGAUACUAAGGUCCAGAGGAUGCCUAGUGAAUCUGCAGCACAGUCCUUAGCAGUAUCACUUCCUGCUUCUCAGUCCAGGUUGGAAGCAAAUCGGACAGCUGCUGGCGUGGGUGAUAUUUACAGGCACGCUGGAAUGUCUGAGCGUUCGCAGCCUCCUGGGAUGUCUGUGGCUAUGGUGGAAGCUGGUGGAAACAAAAAUUCUGCAUUAAUGGCAAAGAAGGCUCCAACCAUGCCCAAACCUCAGUGGCACCCGCCUUGGAAACUGUACAGAGUUAUCAGUGGUCACCUGGGGUGGGUGAGAUGUAUUGCAGUAGAACCAGGAAAUCAGUGGUUUGUUACUGGCUCUGCUGACAGAACUAUAAAGAUUUGGGACCUUGCUAGUGGCAAAUUGAAAUUGUCUUUGACGGGGCACAUCAGUACUGUACGAGGGGUGAUAGUAAGCGCAAGAAGUCCAUACCUCUUUUCUUGUGGAGAAGACAAACAAGUGAAAUGCUGGGAUCUUGAAUACAAUAAGGUUAUCAGACAUUACCAUGGUCAUCUAAGUGCUGUCUAUGGUUUAGACUUGCAUCCAACAAUAGAUGUACUGGUAACAUGUAGCAGAGAUUCAACAGCACGAAUUUGGGAUGUGAGGACAAAAGCCAGUGUGCACACGCUAUCAGGACACACAAAUGCAGUGGCGACAGUGAAGUGCCAAGCUGCAGAACCACAGAUCAUUACAGGCAGUCAUGAUACUACCAUACGGCUCUGGGAUUUAGUGGCAGGAAAAACUCGUGUUACUUUAACAAACCACAAGAAAUCUGUAAGAGCAGUAGUGCUACAUCCAAGACAUUACACAUUUGCAUCUGGUUCUCCAGAUAAUAUUAAGCAAUGGAAAUUCCCAGAUGGAAACUUCAUUCAGAACCUGUCUGGUCACAAUGCUAUUAUCAACACCCUGGCUGUAAAUUCUGAUGGCGUUCUGGUCUCAGGAGCCGAUAAUGGUACAAUGCAUCUUUGGGACUGGAGAACUGGAUACAAUUUCCAGCGAGUACAUGCAGCUGUGCAGCCAGGCUCUUUGGACAGUGAAUCAGGAAUAUUUGCUUGCAUUUUUGACCAGUCAGAAAGCAGAUUGCUGACUGCUGAAGCUGACAAAACCAUAAAAGUAUAUAAAGAAGAUGAUACUGCAACUGAAGAAACUCAUCCUGUCAGCUGGAAACCAGAAAUUAUCAAGAGAAAAAGAUUUUAGUGUGGCAACAUACUUACUCCAUAAUUUUAUUUUGGAUUUCCUGAGAGCAUUCGGUCACAUUUUGUUCUGCCUAAAACAGCAGAGCAGGAAGUCAGCUAAGUCAUUGCUAUUUCAACAUGGUUUAUAAUAAAUUUUAUUUCUCUUUCUUUUUGUCUUUUUUGAUGUGAUCCCAGCAAACCAGUUUCUGUUAACUUUCUCUUUGUGGAGUGUGUAUAGUUCAUGAAAAGGGUAGAUGUGCAGGUAGUUACUUUUUUUAUAUGAAUCUAUUGAGUGUAAGUCUAAAAAUACUUUGAGCCAGGUUUUCCGGAAGACCCU